AUGGCCGCCAACCGGCAUCCCGAGUCCGAGCCGGCUCUACCCGCGUCGGAGUCCUCCCUCGCCAGUGUCGUCGGGAGCAACUUGGCUGCGGCUGUAUCCAUCGCCGCUCAAGCGGGAGCUCGCAUCGACGACGUGAACGAGGUGUUUUUCGAAGUGCUGACCAGGAUCGAGGAGAUAUCUACCCUCAAUGCAAUCCUUGAUCUCGUCGAGUCUGUCUUUUUGCGCGCCCUUUUCCACGAGCUCAAGCACAUCUCGCACCAGGUCUAUUACCAUGACACGGACGACGCAAGCAAGGUUGCUCACUUCCAGAAUGCCUGCGCCCUGGUUGAAGAGUACGCGCCGCAGGCCAAGCAGCUCGAGGUGGCAGUCCUUAUUUCCACCUCGCACCAGUACCACCUGUCCUACGUGAGCAGCCCCAAGAAGGACCUGCUCAGGCGGUGGCACUGCUGCCUACGGGACCUGAUCGCCCGCACUCCUCUGGGCGAGCUUCUGCACCACCCAGCUGCACGCUUGCCUCGUGUCCGGUGGAGGCUCCGCGUCGGAUUUUUUGGCAUCGACAAGCUUCAGAAAUUCAGCAGCGUCUACCGCGAUAGAAUGAACGUCAUUCAGGGCCUCGACAGCAGGCGCUUUGAGACGUUUCUCAUCGUGUCUGCCCAGUACGCUGCCUCGCCGCCUCGCGACCUUGCUGGGGCAGAUUUGCUAUGGGGCUCCGUCGAUCAUGUGGUCGGUUGCGAUGUGCACGAUCUGCGCGCCGUGCUGACGCAGGUCGGCGAGCUGCACCUCGACGUCCUCGUCUACCCAGAGAUCGGGAUGCACCCACUGACCUGCCUGACAGCCUACGCGCGGCUAGCUCCAGUGCAAGUCACCACCUGGGGCCACUCGCUCACCUCCGGCAUCCCGACGGUCGACUACUAUUUCUCGAGCGCGUGGUACGAGCCCACAGAUGCGGAGGCGAACUACUCGGAGACGCUCGUGCAAAUGCGCAGUCUAUGCACGUCGUACCCUGACCUCAGCAUCAAGCACCGUGUGCGCAAAGGGGGCGCCGACUUCACCUCCACCCUGGAGGUCCUGCCGCCGCCGCCCACAAAGCUCGUCUGCUGCAUGCAGACAAGCUGCAAGGUCAACCUGCACUUUCUGCGGCGCACAAUGCCUCGGAUCCUCGAUGGCGCUCCAGACGCGGUCUUCCUAUUCAUGCGCGAGCACUUUGCUUCUGCGACGCGCGACGCCAUCUCUGAGGCACUAGCAGGCCAGGUCCUCUUUCUGCCGACGCUGCUGUUCGGCACCUUCCGCACCGUCAUUGCCCGCUCGACAAUCUUGCUCGACCUCCACCCGUUUGGAGGCUGCAACACGGCGCUCGACAGCUUCCUUGAGGGGCGUAUCAUCGUCACACUGCCUGGCUCCGAGCUGCCGGGCCGCUUCACGCAGGGGUUCUACCGCCGCAUGGGCGUGGUCGACCCCAUCGCGUCCACCGAGGAUGAGUACGUCGACCUCGCGGUGCGCUUCCUCAACGACAGCAAGGAGCGCCGGCGCGUCGAGCGGCUGAUUGAAAAGCGCCGCAGCGUGCUAUUCAACGACCAGGCCAGCGUCGCGGAGUGGGAGGACACCCUGCUGCUCGUCUCGCGGCCGUGGGUGACGCUGAUGCGGCGCAAGGGCGGCGACAGAGCAGGAGAGGACAAGCGCGCGUGCGCGGGAUGGUUGCCUCGCUUGGAGUUUCGUGGGUGUUUUGGUUGCGUCUGUACUGUGUGA